AUGGGCGUUCUGUCUCGAUUUACAGCCUCCUCGGAGACUGCCCAAGAGACAAAACACGAAAAGUCUGUCCUAGGCCCCGAAGUGCCAUGUGACUCGACGGAGAAAAACUCCUCUGACGACGGAAAGCAAGUUGGCGUCAAGAAAGUUGAAGGUGCGGCGGCCGUUUGGACGAAAUGGCACCUCGUCGCUGCUUUUGCCAACAUCUGGCUCAUCUACUUUAUCCUGUCGAUAAUGGAAGUCGUUUUCCGCACUCUAGACCCCUUCGUCACCAGUACCUUUCAGAAACAUUCCCUCACAGCAGCAAUGGGCAUUAUUUCCAGCAUUGUCGGCGGUCUGUCAAAGCUAGCAAUCGCGAAGAUUCUAGACACGGUCGGCCGACCGCAGGGCAUGGCGCUCGCUCUGACGUUUUGGGUCAUGGGGAUGGUUAUGAUGGCAGCGUGUAAGAAUGUCGAGACGUAUGCUGCGGCACAGGUAUUUGCGCAAACUGGGUCGCAGGGCGUCAGUUAUUGUUUGACAAUCUUCAUCGCCGAUACAACGACGCUUCUAAAUCGACCGCUUAUGCUGGCGUUUGCGACGUCCCCAUACAUCGUCACCACGUGGAUUGGAGGACCUAUGGCAACGAGCGUCAUCAAAGGUCCUGGAUGGGAAUGGGGAUUCGGCAUGUGGGCAAUCAUCACGCCUGUUGUGGUGUUGCCGCUCGUCUUCAUCUUUGCAUGGAACCAAAAGAAGGCUGAGAAGCAGGGACUUGCACCGACAAACUCUAUCCGGAAUCUCAGUUUCGGUGCCGUCAAGAGAUUUGCUGUUGAGGUAGAUCUAAUUGGUCUGCUUCUCUUGGCUGGUGGCAUGGCACUCUUCCUCCUGCCAUUUGCACUAUAUCAGUAUCAAGAUGAUGGCUGGAAGAGCGCCCUUGUCAUCGCCAUGAUCGUUGUCGGCGGCGUCCUCAUCGUCGUUUUCAUCCUCUGGGAAAAGUUUGGCGCCCCAGUGACUUUCAUCCCUCUUGGUCUCCUUGCAGAUCGCACCGUCUUCUUCGCCGGCCUCAUGUUCCUCUUUGUUUUCGCUAACUCCCUUAUUUGGGGAAGUUUCUUCACCUCCAUGCUACUCGUUGUGUGGAAUACUGGUGUAACCAAAGCAACUUAUAUCUCUAACAUUUACAGAGUGGGAUCGUGCUUCUCCGGCCUCGUCAUCGGCUACUUUAUCCAUCUUACCGGACGAUUCAAGUGGGUUGGCACUUUAUUUGCACUCCCCCUUAUGCUCCUCGGUGUAGGUCUCAUGAUAUACUUCCGUCAAGCGAGCCAGAGCAUCGGGUUCGUCAUCAUGACCCAGAUCUUUGUUGCCUUUGCAGGCGGGCCGCUUGUCAUUGCAGGAGAGAUGGCCAUGAUGGCACCGUCAGAUCACCAACAUGUUGCUGUUAUCAUUGCCAUUCUCGACUUGUUUUCUGGUGUCGGAAACGCUAUUGGGCGGGCUAUUUCAUCGGCAAUUUGGGCCGGCACAUUUAAAGACGCGCUGAGGAAGCGACUGCCCGCUGAUGCACCAGUGGACAGCAUCUAUGGCAGUCUUCCUAUCCAGAUGAGCUAUGAGCCGGGCUCGGAUGAGAGGAAUGCUAUUUCUGAGGCGUACUCCGAGUCACAGCGGUAUAUGCUGAUUACGAGUACCUGUUUUGUGGUGGUUGCUUGGGCGUGUACUUGGGCUUGGAGAGAUAUCAAGUUGAAGGAUAAGAAGCAGACGAAGGGAUAUGUGGUGUGA